CUGUUAGAGGAGCGACACUUCUGAUUCGACUUUACGGCUUACGGACUUUGCCAUUGAGAGCAACUUUAAUCCGUUGCGACAAGACAAGGGACGUUUAGCUAACCUCAUUUAGUCGGUGUUACUGGUUGGGGCUGAAUGAAUAUCUCGAGGUUACAUCCGGUUCAGCAUCAGACAGUCAAAGCCCCGUAUAAUGCUUUUCCUUCCGGCGUCGUCUGGAACUGCGACUCAAACUCUGCUUCUUAUAACAGUUCCAUUAAUUAAUGUAAUGCGAGCUUCUUAUCUUCAUAUCUCACCGUCACACACACAGGCAUGUCUACCGGGAGCUGGACAACAACACUGCUUACAAUCGACCAUCUCAUCGCAGGCGCGGGCGGACACACUAUUUCGUUUAUGGUAAACGGGCUUGUCUUGAAAGGCUUUUUAAAAAACAAUACAAUAUGGUAAAUUUGUUGUCAUUCAUCUGCACUGGCGUCGUUUUAAUGUAGGGGGCGCUACAGCCCACUAGCUAAGGGAAAGUUAGACACUUCCUGUCAGACUCGCCGAAAUUAAAAUGAAACUGCACGGGGAACUUAGACUGCGGUUCCUAGAGCAGUGGUGCGCAACAGAGUGACCCCAUCCACACUUCUCCAUUAGCUAAAAGGCAGCCAUGCCCCCACCUGCUGACAUCGUGAAGGUCGCCAUCGAAUGGCCGGGUGCAAACGCUCAGCUUAUUGAGAUGGACCAGAAAAGACCUUUGACCUCAAUCAUCCGUGAAGUCUGUGACGGAUGGUCUUUAUCAGGCUCCGAACAGUUUGCUCUGCGAUAUGCCGAUGGUCCUCAGCUUUAUAUCACUGAACAGAGUCGCAGUGAAAUAAAGAACGGGACCAUCCUUCGAUUAGCCGUUUCACCCGGCCGUGCUGCUCGUCAACUCUUGGAGCGAAUCCAAUCUCAUGGGAUUGACGCUCGCUUAGAGGCUCUAAAGGAGCUGGCCAAGCUGUCCGCAGACCCCACGUUUGCCGCGGAGUUUAUCAAUAUGGAGGGGAUUGGGACCUUGGCCCGUCUGGUCGAGAGCGGCACCCACUUUGGCGAAAUGCUGGCGUUCACUCUGACUGCAUUUCUGGAGUUAAUGGAUCACGGCAUUGUAUCCUGGGAUCUUAUCUCGCUCUCCUUCAUCAAGCAGAUCGCAGGCUAUGUGAACCAGCCCAUGGUGGAUGUGUCCAUCCUGCAGCGCUCACUGGCCAUCCUGGAGAGCAUGGUACUCAACAGCCACAGCCUCUACCACCGGGUGGCUCAGGAGAUCACCGUGGGACAGCUCAUCGGGCACCUGCAAGUGUCAAACCAAGAGAUUCAGACUUAUGCCAUCGCCCUCAUCAAUGCUCUUUUCCUCAAAGCACCCGAGGAUAGACGGCAGGAGGUGUACGCUAACCCGCUGGAGCAGCACCUUACCGAAAUGGCAAGCACCUUGGCCCAGAAGCACUUGCGGUCCAUCAUUCUUAACCACGUCAUACGAGGAAAUCGACCAAUCAAAGCAGAGAUGGCCCAUCAGCUGUACGUACUGCAGGUGUUGACAUUUAAUCUUUUGGAGGAACGAAUGAUGACCAAGAUGGAUCCUAAUGACCAGACCCAAAGAGAUGUCAUUUUCGAGCUGCGGAGGAUUGCCUUUGAUGGAGAAAAUGACCCCACCGGCACAGAAAAAAGAAAGGCGUUGUAUGCUAAGGAUUAUAAAAUGCUAGGUUUCACAAACCAUGUGAACCCUGCUAUGGAUUUCACUCAGACCCCCCCUGGGAUGUUAGCUUUGGACAACAUGCUGUACCUGGCCAAGGUGCAUCAAGACACGUACAUCCGUAUUGUUCUCGAAAACAGUAGUCGCGAAGAUAAGCACGAGUGUCCCUUCGGCCGGUGUGCCAUCGACCUCACUCGGAUACUCUGUGAGAUACUCCAAGUUGGAGAAUUACCUAAUGAGGGCUGCAAUGACUACCAUCCCAUGUUCUUCACUCACGACCGAGCAUGGGAGGAAUUCUUCUGCAUCUGCAUCCAGCUGCUCAAUAAAACCUGGAAGGAGAUGAGGGCCACCUCCGAGGACUUUAAUAAAGUCAUGCAGGUGGUCCGAGAGCAGAUCACCAGGGCCCUGGCCAUGAAGCCCUCGUCCUUAGACCAACUGAAGAACAAGCUGCGAGGUCUCAGCUACUCAGAGAUCCUGCGACUACGACAGUCUGAAAGAAUGAGCCAGGAUGACUUUCAGUCUCCGCCCAUCAUUGAGUUGCGAGAGAGAAUCCAGCCUGAGAUUCUGGAGCUCAUUAAACAGCAACGACUCAAUCGGCUGUGCGAGGGCAGCUGUUUCCGAAAAGUGGGAAACCGCCGAAGGCAAGAGAAAUUUUGGUUCUGCAGACUCUCCCUUAAUCACAAAGUGCUGCACUACGGGGACUUGGAUGAAUCACCUCAGGGUGAAGUGCCUUUUGAGAUGCUCAGCGACAAGAUUCCCGUCUCCGACAUCAAGUCUGUGGUGACUGGGAAGGACUGCCCUCAUAUGAAAGAGAAAAGUGCUCUGAAACAAAACAAGGAGGUGCUGGAGUUGGCUUUCUCUGUCCUUUAUGAUCCGGAUGAGACGCUCAACUUUGUUGCGCCCAACAAGUAUGAGUAUUGCAUCUGGACGGACGGCCUGUGCGCGCUGCUGGGCAGAGAGAUGAGCAGCGACCUGACACGCAGUGACCUCGACACACUUAUCAGCAUGGAGAUGAAGCUCCGCCUCCUCGACCUUGAGAACAUCACAAUCCCGGAGGCCCCACCCCCUGUUCCGAAGGAGCCAAGCUCUUAUAAUUUCACUUACAACUAUAGCUGAGAUGUGUUGAUUGUAAAGCAAUUUAGCAACGGUCAAGAAUGUGCAUAUUAUCUCUUUCAACGAAUCCUGCCGUGUGCGAUUUCGAAAAGGCUACAGUGGAACCUCCAAUGGCAAUGUUCUAAUUUCAAAAGUGUGUUUUUUCCAGACACAAACUGGCACUAUAAUAAGAUUUUUAUUUAUCCCAGGCAAUGUUUUAAUUAACCUCAAAACUAACUGUAAUGGAAGUCCAAAUUCAAGUAAAUAUUGCAUAUUAAAACUAAAGUUAUGUACAGUAAAUUUGCAAAUUCACCGAUCCACGGAUUUUAUUUUGUUAAACCUCUGUUAAUCAAUAAGAUAUUUACCCUGCUCCAAAUCCAUAAAUCCAUUGACUCCCGCAUACAAAUUUUUUGGCACCUGCCGCAGUCGCAUAUUUGCAGUUUCUUUUGUUUUUUUAAAUUCUGUUUUAUUUUCCAAUACAAUUCAGUCAGCAUCAAUUAUACUAAAAUUUCCUCUGCUAAUUAAAAAAUAAUAAUAAUGGUGGUACCAUGUACUUUGGUCUCAUCUUGUGGUGCCUUGGUGCCAAGAAACUAUGUGAAAGUGUAUUGAGGAGCUUCAUUUAGAGAAUCGUAGUGCUUUUACGACAUCUUCUGUCACACUGCCGGUCGGAAGUUUAGGAACAUGAGAUGCGCGGACAUAUUUAGGUCACCAGCAAUUAUCGCCAGCUCAUUUAAUGAUGGUACCCCUUUGUUUUCUGUUAGCACACCGGCCAAGAGUAGUGGCAAGGUCCCACGCGGAUCGCCGUUUCCUUUCGUGAUGCGAGAUGUGAGUGUUGUAUUUAAUUAAAGAAAGGAGUGGAGCCACUUCCAUUGAUGGCGAAUGCAGUCGGCGGUGUUCAUGGCUUGCGUGCGUCUGUGAAAUUGCCAAUGCCGUCUCGAAACCACCUCCGCCUUGAUUUCUAAUGCGUGUCACACCACACAUGCGGCAGUUCCAAAAAUUAGAGCCCUUGUUUAAUUCUUGAGUGGAAGUCUCACAAGAUUUUAGUGUUCAAUCUCCCAACACUAGUUUUGAAUUUGAGGAUCAGACCCCCCCCCCCCCCACCCCCACCCUCCUAGAUAACGGAACAACUUUUGGGGCGUUCAACGAUGGAAGUUUCACUGUAGCUAUCUUUUCCUUUGUUGUUUACAUUUUUUAUUUGCAAUUGUAUGAAUCUCAUCUGAAACUAGUACGCUUUACACAGUGCGUGUGCAUGUGUGUGUGUCCGAGUCUGAAUUAUCUCCAAACACUGGUCCGCAAAACUGAAUGGCCGAACUCCCCCACACUCCCAACUGAACAAUUCAAAGGCCCGUCUUGAUGGUGAAUCGCAGGACAGAUCGAGACCAAUAACCGAGACACUUUCAAUUCACGUUUGAUUUUGGAAUGUGUGGAAGAAGCCCCACAAAAGCACGGGGGAGAACACACAAGCUCCAAACAGGAAGGCCAGAGCCAAGAUUCAAAUACAGAACCUCUAAACUGUGAGGAACGUGCUACCUUACCUACAAUACAAUAAUAUCUUUGUCGGACAAUGUUUAGGAAUACAGUAUUAUUAUUCUAUACCUUUGUUAAUUCAUCCAUUAGCCCUCACAAGGAGGUCUGUCAUGUGUUUUAAAACUGAACACAGUUUAUUGUACUAUGUACAUAUAAUCAGGUUUGUUUGUUUUUUUUCAUAGGUGCACACUGUACUUAAAACUAAAAAUAGGAUUGCAAUUCUGGCAACGGUCAGAAAUGCAUUUGAUACUUAUUUUGAAAAAUGCCUCUAAAAAUAUAUAUAAAUUGCCAAAUGUCGGAUGAUUGUAGACUUUUAUUUGUCGUUUUGGUUAGGUGACCCAAAAAAAAGGACACUAACCACACUUUUUUUUGUCUUUGUAAUUUAGUGACCGUUAUGGUACAAACACUGCACUGGUUUGAAAAUAGUUUGUCAUCUUGUCAAUGUCGAAUUGAGGUCAAAUCAUGAUCAAUCGAUGAUGUCGUUUGUUAAUGCUGAAUCAAAUUAUAUUUUUGUAAAUGAUUGUACACUGUGAGGAGAAUGGUAUUGAAAUAACAUAACACAUUUGUGAUAAUGCUUUUUUUUUUUUUUCUUUUUUAAAGCAAGCAGUUUUUGUUGGUUUGAGGUCUUUACCAUGCUGCAUUGACCACAAUGUUACAAAACAUUUUGGACCAUCUUUUGACUUUUUUUGGUAUUUUAUGUUAGUAUUAGGCACUUUACCAGACAAUGAUGAUGUCAAAGUUAACAUUUUGUGCUGUAUGGCUAAAGGGUAUUACAAAUCCCACUACUAUUGAUGCUGUGUGUAGUGGGGAAAAGUGUCUGUUUUAAACUAUUAAUGAGUGUUGUAAUAGUUUCAUAUUUUUAUGGAUAAGUAAGCUGCUAUCUCCGAAUUCUAGUUGAAUUGAACUGCAGUGACUGAAGGUCUUUUAAUUAGAUAGGCUAACGGUACGGUUUUGCAUAUGGUACUUUUCUCCACUUGCUUGUAACAGUCUUGAAUAAGGUGUUGAUUUACAAAUACAAUCUGCCCC